AUGCCACAGUUGCGUGUCGAGUACGCAAAAUCCGGCCGCGCCAAGUGCGCUCUCACGGCGUGCUUGCAGACGAUUGUCAAGCACGAGGUUCGUAUAGGAACGGCUGUGGUGUUCCCCGUGAGUGGCGGGUCUCAGCCGACCACUGGUGAGGAGCAGCUUAGCUACAAGUGGCGGCACCUUUGUUGUUUCACGGAAAAACAGCUUCAAAACGCCAAGGCCUCGGGUGACUUGGACACCAUUGAAGGCUUCGAUGAUCUAGCACCCGCAGAUCGGGAGCUAGUGUGUCAAAUGAAGUCUGGUGAGUUGUUGCAGCGGCCAGACCUGAAGGGACGUGUCGGGGACGUCGCCAACUCGCCACAAGCUGCGGAGCUCUUGCCGAAAGGGGCGUCACCGGCAAAAGAACGAAAAGUAGCAACGAAAACAUCAACAUCAGCAUCGAUUGCGAAAGCAUCGCCACCGAAGGUUCCGGCGAAGAGCACGCGACCCGCUAAGCGGGCACGCGAGGUGAGUGAGGGCAGCAACCACAACAACAAGAACGAUGAUGGCGACGCGUCGGACGCGACGGUGGAGUUCGAGGUGGUUGUUGAGACAUCUAGGCCGCGCUGCCCGUACGGGGACAAGUGUUUCCGCACUAGCGCCGAGCACAUGGCGGAGUACUCUCACGGCACCGAGUCUGACAAGGCAUCGCCGCCACGUCGCCGUGCUGUUAUUAAGGGGAAGAAACAUUAG